AUGGCUGGAGUAGAAGGACAAAAUGAGAAUGAUGUGAGUGAUAGUAUGAGAAUAAUGUUAGCCAUUCAAGAUAUGGCAUCUGCUAUUCGUGAGACAAAUCAACAAAACCACGAACCCCAUCAGGAAACUCAAGAUGAUCAAAUAAUGAGGAUUCAAGGGGAAUUUCGUAAGACACGACCACCUGUGUUCAAGGGUGAUCCAAACCCUAUGGCAGCAGAGGAAUGGUUAAGACAAAUAAAGAGAAAGAUGAAUGAACAAAGAGUUCCUGGAGACUUGAAAGUGACCAUUGCUUCUACCUAUUUGGAAGGACAAGCUUAUCAUUGGUGGGAAUCUGUCUUGGCUAUGCCUGAUGUUGAGGUUGCAACUUGGGUUGCCUUUGAGACAAUGUUUCUAGAGAAAUAUUUUCCUGAAACUAUGAAAACCAUGAAGGUACGUGAGUUCACUAAUCUGUAUCAAGGUGGUAUGACCGUGGGACAAUAUCAAGCUAAGUUUGAAGAACUCAUGCGUUUUGCUCCUUACAUAAUUCCUGAUGAAUCUGCAAAAGCAAAGAAAUUUGAAGAAGGAUUGAGACUAGAGGUCAAGGAGAAAGUGGAACUUUUUAAAUUGAAAAAGUAUACUGAAGUUGUUGAUCGUGCCUUAAUGGCCGAACAAAGGAUACCUAGUUCUAAAAGAGUUUUUGAAACUAAGAAUCCUAACGGGGGACAAAGUAACAAACGCCAAAGAUUUUUUCCCUCUCGUUCUCGAUAUCAAAAUCCAAGAUCAUUUGAGGCAACUCAAAACUCAGGAUUUUGUUAUCAUUGUCGACAGAUAGGACAUUACCGGAGGGAUUGUCCCCUGCUACAAUCAUAUCAGAUACCUGUUGCUCCACAACCACAACCACAGUUUCGUGCACCACAACAACAAUUUCAAGCUCCACAAACACAGUACCGUACUCUGUACCAAGCCCCAUAUCAAGAUUCACUGAAUCAGUUUAGAGGUCCUGUUAGACAACAGACACAACGUCCAAAGGGACAACCUACACAACAAAGGCCUAAGGCACCAGGAACAGCAAGGAGGUCAGAAGAACUCACUCAAGGACGAGUAUAUGUUGUUGGACAAGUGACAGAGCCGAAUGAACCUACUGUGGUGGAAGGUACAUUUCUAGUUUUUAACUCGUGGGCUAGAAUAUUGUUUGACCCCGGUGCUACAAAUUCAUUCAUAUCCGUAUCAUUUGCAUCUAUUCUUGGAAUAGAAUAUGAAUUUAUGAAAUCCUCGUUGAUGAUUGGAUCUCCAUUGGGUAAAUGUGUUGAAGUUAAUAAGUUGUGUAAAUCCUGCCCAAUAGAGAUAUCAGAUCAUAAACUUGUUAUUGACCUGAUGAUAUUGGAAUUUAUGGUGUAUGAUGUAAUAUUGGGAAUGGACUUACUUACCCAAUUUAAAGCUAUUCUUGAUUGCGGUAGAAAGAUGGUGACUAUGACUGUCAGUGAAGGGGAAACAUUCAGUUUUUAUGGAAAUAGGAAUAGUUGCAAGCCUGAAUCAAUCUUGGAUAAUAAAAAUUGCAAUUAUUUGAGAUUGAUUGCUCACAUGGCCAAUAAGGAUCUGAGUGAUCCGAAACUUGAGCUUAUUCCUAUAGUGAAGAAUUUCAGUGAUAUUUUCCCAGAAGAUUUAUCUGAAUUACCCCCAGAACGUGAAGUGGAGUUUUCUAUAGAUAUCUAUCCUGGCACAUCACCUAUCUCUAUACUUCCACAUCGAAUGGCACCAGCAGAGUUGAAAGAACUCAAAAUACAACUUCAAGAACUUGAAAGAAAAGGUUUCAUUCGUCCUAGUACGUCACCAUGGGGUUUUCCUGCACUUUUUGUGAAGAAAAGUGAUCAAAGUAUGAGAAUGUGUAUUGACUACCGUCAACUGAAUAGAGUCACCAUAAAGAAUAAGUACCCUUUACCUAGGAUUGAUGACCUGUUUGAUCAACUGCAAGGUUCCCGAUACUUCUCAAAGAUUGAUCUUCGCUCUGGUUAUCACCAAUUACGAGUAAAAGCAGAAGACGUAUCGAAAACUGCAUUUCGAACGCGAUAUGGACAUUAUGAAUUCUUAGUAAUGCCUUUUGGGUUGACAAAUGCUCCAGCAGUUUUCAUGGAUUUAAUGAAUCGAGUUUUUCGACCUUAUCUGGAUCAAUUUGUGAUUGUGUUCAUUGAUGAUAUUCUCAUUUAUUCACCAUCUCAAAAAGAGCAUGAACAACACUUGUCAAUUGUUCUACAGACAUUGAGAGAACACAAGUUAUUUGCCAAGCUAAGUAAGUGUGAAUUUUGGUUGACAGAAGUGAAAUUUUUAGGACAUGUUAUUUCAAAAGAAGGCAUUGCCGUGGAUCCUUCAAAAGUAGAAGCAGUGUUAAAUUGGAGACAGCCGAAAAAUGUUCACGAGAUUCGAAGUUUUCUUGGUUUAGCUGGCUAUUAUAGGAAAUUUAUCAAAGAUUUUUCUCAGAUAGCUAAUCCAAUGACCAAAUUGACACAAAAAGGAGUUAAGUUUAUUUGGGAUGAUAAAUGUGAGGAAGCAUUUCAAGAGUUAAAAACUCGAUUAACAUCAGCUCCUGUGUUAAUUAUACCAGAAAGAGGUGUAAGUUAUAUAGUGUAUACUGAUGCAUCAUUGCAUGGUUUAGGAUGUGUUUUGAUGCAAUUUGACAGAGUUGUUGCUUAUGCUUCUCGUCAAUUGAAAUCACAUGAGAAAAAUUACCCGACACACGAUCUAGAACUGGCAGCUAUUGUUCAUGCAUUGAAAGUGUGGAGACAUUAUCUGUAUGGAGAACAUUUCGAACUCUACUCAGAUCAUAAGAGUUUGAAGUACUUAUUCACUCAGAAGGAGUUGAAUUUAAGACAAAGGCGUUGGAUGGAAUAUCUAGAAGACUACGACUUUGAUUUACAUUAUCAUCCAGGAAAAGCUAAUGUGGUCGCAGAUGCUUUAAGUCGAAAUCCCCAAAAAGUCAUAGCUAGUUUAUAUGAUCAAAGGUGGAAGAUGGUAGAAUCUCUCUAUGAUUUUGACUUGUAUGUAGGUAUGCACCAGGAUCACGCAUAUCUAUAUAAUUUAGUAACUCACCCCACUUUGAUUGGAAAAAUAAUUGAGGCACAAGAAUCUGAUUCUAUGUCUCAAGACAUUCGAACUAAAAUUACAACUGGAGAGACACCAGAUGGAUGGAAUGUCCACGCAGACGGUGGAUUAAGAUAUUUGGAUAGAUUGUAUGUACCAGAAAUUUCUGAUAUGAGAAAAGAAGUUUUGAAAGAAGGACAUCAUUCAUUCUAUACAAUUCAUCCUGGAGGAACAAAGAUGUAUCUUGACCUGAAACGUAACUUUUGGUGGAAUGGUAUGAAAAGAGAUAUAGAAAAAUUUGUAGCAAGGUGUCUCACAUGUCAACAGGUGAAAGCUGAACACCAGAAACCGUCAGGUUCAUUACAGCCAUUACCAGUAGCAGAGUGGAAAUGGGAUCAUAUAACCAUGGAUUUUGUUACAGGUUUACCUAGGUCUCCAAAGGGACGAGAUGCAAUAUGGGUUAUAGUGGAUCGUUUGACCAAAUCUGCACAUUUUUUACCAGUCAAAACAACAGAGUCCACUGAAAACCUUGGAAAGCUUUACGUUCGAGAGAUAAUAAGAUUACAUGGGAUUCCUGUUUCGAUUGUUUCAGAUAGAGAUUCCAAGUUUACUUCCAAAUUUUGGGGAAGUUUACAGAAAGCAUUAGGUACGCAACUAAAUUUUAGUACUGCUUUUCAUCCCCAAACUGAUGGACAAUCAGAGAGAACCAUUCAAAUUUUAGAGGACAUGUUGAGAGCAUGUAUUCUAGAUUUUGGAGGAAGUUGGGAAGAUCAUUUGGUAUUGGCAGAAUUCGCCUACAACAACAGUUAUCAAUCUAGUAUUCAAAUGGCACCUUAUGAAGCUUUAUAUGGAAGACCUUGUUGGUCACCUGUAUGUUGGACUGAAAUAGGAGAAACUGUGUUGUUAGGUCCUGAUUUGGUACAAGAGACAACUGCAAAGAUUAAAGUUAUCAAGCAACGUCUCUUAACUGGUCAAAGUCGACAAAAGAAUUACGCUGACCAAAGAAGGAAACCAUUAAGCUUUUAUGUGGGGGAUUAUGUAUUUCUUAAAGUCUCACCACGAAGAGGAGUAAAAAGGUUUGGAAAGACUGGAAAAUUAGCACCAAGGUUUAUUGGACCAUUUGAAAUCUUAGAAAGGAUUGGUGAAGUAGCUUAUAAGCUAGCAUUACCACCUCAACUUUCGAAUAUACAUAAUGUUUUUCAUGUUUCUAUGCUUCGAAGGUAUGAACCUGAUCCAACCCAUGUUCUAGAUUGGGGAGAGCUCAAUUUAGAUGAAGAACUAUCAUUUGAGGAAAGACCAAUACAAAUUUUGGAUCAUAAGGAACAAGUGUUACGUACGAAAAUAAUAUCAUUGGUUAAAGUUCUUUGGUUACAUGGGAACACAGAAGAAGCUACAUGGGAAUUAGAAACUGAAAUACGUAAAAAGUACCCAGAAUUGUUCUCUGAUUCCAUUGAGUCUAACUCUUGGCAGGUACCAGGUCUCAGGGAUCCCACAGUGCACAUGGUUUUUAUUGGAGUGAAGAAUGAUACUUAUAGCCAUGUUGUCGUCAAAGUCCAACAGCGCCUUGCAUCUUGGAAAAGUCAUAUGUUAUCUAUGGCUGGCAGCACUUGUGAUAAGCUGGACAAGAUGAAUCGAGACUUUCUUUGGGGUCACAAUGAGACAUCAACUAAGGUUCAUCUUGUCAAACGGGGUUCUGUUUGUAAACCCAAGUUCAUGGGUGGUCUUGGUCUUAAACAAACCCAUUUGAUGAACCAAGUGUUGCUCGCUAAAUCUGGAUGGAAGCUUUUACAGAGAGACCAAGGCCUCUGGAGUCAUAUUCUGAAUCAAGAAUCAAAAUAUUGUGCCUUGGCCUUGGGACUUUAUCUGGAAGCUGUGCUUGCCCCCAAAACCUUUGUUUGGCUAAUUGGGCAUGGAAAAAUUCUUACUAAUGUUCAAAGGGAGAAGAGAUUGAUGACAACUAAUCCUAACUGCCACAAAUGCCUUUCUCUUCUUGAGACUAUGGAUCAUGUUUUUAGAGGAUGUAGUUUUGCUCUUAAGGUAUGGAAUUUCAUAAAGGUUCCCCUUGAUGUUCUUCACUCUUUCUCCUUAGACUUUACUGAUUGGCUAAGAAUCAACCUGAAGAGCAAGAUUAUGCUAUCUGGCAACCUUCCUUGGACACUUGUUUUUACGGCCUCUAUUUGGCAUUGUUGGAAAUGGAGAUGUAACUCUAUCUUUAACCCUGGCUAUGAGUCUCCUCCCAACCCCCAUCACACUAUUCUGCAAUUUUCUAGUGAAUGGCUUGAUUCCAAUAAUGUGGUCAAUGCUAAGCCUACUAGAGAGGUCAUCCAAGUCCGUUGGAGUCUUCCUACUCUUGGCAAUUUCAAAUUGAAUGUGGAUGGCAGUUGUAAAACUGAUUCUUGGAAGAUUUGUGCUGGUGGUUUGCUAAGGGACUCUAAUGAAGCAUGGAUCUGUGGGUUCUCUGCCAAUAUUGGGAUUGGAAAUAUUUAUGAGGCUGAGCUAUGGAGUCUCUUUAGAGGUUUGCAUAUGGCUUGGGACAAGGGCAUUAGGUCCCUUGAUAUUGAAUGUGAUUCCUUGUAUGUUGUCUCUCUGAUUGCUCAAGCUUGUAACCAUGCACAUCCUCUCUUUUGUCUGAUUGAAGACUGCAAGUUGUUACUUAAACGUAAUUGGAGAUGCAAUGUCUCUCAUAUCUACAAGGAGCAAAACAGAGCAGCUGAUCACCUUGCUAAAUUGGGGUAUGAGUUACCCUUGGGGCUUCAUAUCUAUGAAUCUGCUCCUAUCUCCCUCUCAAGCUUUCUGUUGGAUGAUGAAAUAGGAAGAGCCCAAAGUAGGGCUGUGCCUUGUUAA